GGACAAACGGAGCUUGAACGAGGCGGUUAUGUUUUGAAACCAACGGAAACUGCCAACUCCCACAACCUGGACCCCUAUCUGUGCAAAAGUUUAGAGAACCUUUUGUUCAAGAAUAAAUCGGUGGUGGACCUGGGUUGCGGAGUUGGUCUCUACGGGAUUUGCUUCUUGCGACUUCGAAGUUACCGGCUCCCGAAUGCGCCAGCGGAUUUUUUUACCAAACACCUGAGGGGCUUGAAAGAUUGGUGGGACUCAACCAAACCGCAGAUCCAGUCCUGGACUGGCUUCGACGGGAUUCCUGGGAUCCACAAGUUGACUGGUGGUUUGGUGCGCCAGAUGGACCUCAGCAAACCGGGAUACAUUGGUCAGAGGUUCGACUGGGUGAUGAGCAUGGAAGUUGGCGAACACAUCCCUCGAGAAUACGAGGAAAAUUACAUCGGCAAUCUAAUUAGACACGCCAAAGAGGGAAUUGUGUUGUCAUGGGCAAUUGAGGGCCAAUCCGGUCGAAGGCACGUGAACUUACGGAACAACGACGUCAUCAUCGCGAUUAUGGAAGCACACGGAUUUCUUCCGCAUCCAGAGAUUUGGCACCAGCUUCGAGCCAAUGCCUUUUUGGGCUGGUUCAAGAAUACCAUAAUGGUAUUCACUCCAAAGGGUCAAAAACCGCGUGUUUUGACAGAGGACAUUUGAUCAUCAUAUUAAAAAAGUCCUUAAUUGAUUCCUCC